CUGAGUGAGAGUGUGUUUGUGAUAUGGCCAAUAGGAAGUAAUCCAGGAAUGUAGCAGCUCCGAAACGGAAGAACAUUUCCCGCAACUACAAAUAUGUUAGAGCAUUUAGGAUGACGCUGAUGCUGGACCGUCCCAAUGAUGACUCUGACUGUGUUCACAGCACAGAAAGUGCUGUUAAAAGUAGAUGACCUUACAGAAUAGUAACAAUGGAACGACAGACUGUCUGGAGCAAAUGGACUGCCUUCCCAAGGACUGCUGGCAGCUAGUAUUCUGAAGCACUGAAAGAACCAAACUGGAGGAGGAUCAAACUUUGGAACUACUUCACCACAUUAUAUAUAGUUGAUUGCAUCCUGGUCGCCUUAUCUUGUGGACAGACUUCCUUAAGAGAACCCCCACCCAGAAGCCAACAUGGCUGACAAUGUGAAUAUAUUGCCAUUCUUCUAUGGCAAUAUCACCAGAGAGGAGGCAGAAGACUACCUGCGGCAGGCAGGCAUGGGAAAUGGUUUGUACCUGCUACGGCAAAGCCGAAACUAUCUCGGGGGUUUUGCACUGUCUGUGUCAAAUUCAGGCCGCUGCUACCACUAUACUAUUGAAAGACAACAGAAUGAAACAUACGCUAUUGCUGGUGGUAAGAGUCACAGGAGCCCUGUGGAUGUGAUUGACUACCACUCCCAAGAGAUGGAUGGUCUAGUGUGCCUCCUGAAGAAACCAUGCAACAGGCCUAAGAACAUGCAGCCAAAGGUGGGGCCAUUUGAGGACCUGAAAGAAAACCUGAUCCGGGAGUAUGUAAAGCAGACCUGGAACCUGCAGGGGGCAGCUCUGGAGCAAGCCAUCAUCAGCCAGAGGCCUCAACUUGAAAAACUCAUUGCCACCACUGCACAUGAAAGAAUGCCCUGGUUCCAUGGAACAAUAACACGAGAAGACUCCGAGCCCAGACUUCAAAAUGGCUCCCGUACAAAUGGAAAAUUCCUGAUUCGACAGAGAGAUUUGAAUGGAUCCUAUGCACUGUGUUUACUACAUGAGGGACAGGUCAUGCAUUAUCGCAUUGACAAGGACAGGGCUGGCAAGCUCUCCAUUCCAGAUGGGAAGAAGUUUGACACUCUGUGGCAGCUGGUGGAGCACUACUCAUACAAACCAGACGGCCUGCUGCGAGUGCUAACAGAACCCUGUUCACGACCUGAUGGAGAAACUGGGCUGAUGGUACGGCCACUACUUCCACAGGACCAUCCAAGAUUUGGCUCUGCCAUUCAAAAUGCAGCAGAUGGAAUUCUCUCCAUAUUCAGAGGUGCUUCCAAACUUGGCCGAUACAAGGGUCGAGGAUCUCAGCACAAGAACCCAGAUAGUGUCAAUCCAUAUGAAUUUGGUGGGUACCCACCCAGUAAUCAAGCAGCCAGCAAGGAAGCCAUGCCAAUGGACACAGAGGUAUAUGAAAGUCCUUAUGCAGAUCCAGAUGAACUGAGAAGCUCAACAGUUAAUCGUGACCAGCUGAUUUUGGAGGAUGGAGAACUGGGCUCAGGGAACUUUGGCACUGUCAUGAAGGGCAUUUACAAGAUGAAAAAGACAGAGAAGCCUGUGGCUGUCAAAAUCCUGAAGAAUGAUGAUAACAACCCCUCAGUACGUGAGGAAAUGCUGCGAGAAGCCAAUGUCAUGCAACAACUGGACAACCCUUAUAUCGUCCGGAUGAUUGGUAUCUGUGAGGCAGAGAACCUCAUGCUGGUCAUGGAGCUGGCCGAGCUGGGACCCCUCAAUAAGUUCCUACAGAAACACAAACAAACAUCGAUCAAAAACAUCACAGAGCUGGCCCACCAGGUAUCCAUGGGGAUGAAGUAUCUGGAGGAGCACAACUUUGUCCACAGGGAUCUUGCUGCUCGCAAUGUGCUUCUGGUGACACAGCACUAUGCCAAAAUCAGUGACUUUGGCCUCUCCAAAGCUGUCGCUGAGGAGCAAAACUACUACAAGGCCAAAGGUCAUGGAAAGUGGCCGGUGAAAUGGUACGCCCCUGAGUGUAUAAACUAUUUCAAAUUCUCAUCCAAAAGUGAUGUGUGGAGCUUUGGAGUGCUAUUGUGGGAGGCCUUCUCCUAUGGCCAAAAACCAUACAAGGGAAUGAAAGGAAAUGAUGUCAUGCAGAUGAUUGAAAGUGGGAAUCGUAUGGACUCCCCCGUGAACUGUCCACCAGAGAUGUAUGACCUAAUGAGGACUUGCUGGACAUACAAGGCAGAUGAAAGACCUGGAUUCAGUGUUGUUGAGCCAAGACUACGAGAGUAUUAUUAUGACAUUGCACAGUAAUUCUUUAAAUGGGAGUUAAAGGCUAUGCAAACUCUUGCUUGAUGAGAAAAAACUGAAAUUAAUCAUAUAAGAAUGGCCAAAGAUGGUUAUGAAUUAUGAAUGCUGUAAAAUAUAGGCUUUAACUGUGUAUUUUUUUCUGCUUUUUAAAUAUAGACUAUGAUUAUGCAAAUAAUAUCUAUUCGUUCCUGAAUGUCAGCAUUAUGAAGGUGGUUAUAAACAGAUCAGAACAAAUAUUCAUGCUGCAGCUAACAAACUGUAUAACCUAUAUUUUGGUAGUUUCAUACUGUUAGCACAUUAUACAGUAUGUAUUAAAGCUGCACAAUUGCAAUGUCAUUAAAGUUGGACCUAAAAUCCAGAAUGAACAAAGA